UAUCUCGCUUUGCUUUGUGUGCGUCUAAACCCUAUUUCAUUUCUUCUAUGUUCCGUUCUUUUGACUUCACAUUUUGAAUUCUCGCUCUCAUUGCACGAAACUUCACAGGGUAAACUUCCUGGGAAUUUUUGGGAGGGUUUUGUGUUACAUAGCCAUGGAUCAACAACAGCAAUGGAUGCAGCAGCAAUAUCAACAACCACAGUAUUCCAAUGAUGAAAUUAGAACGCUGUGGAUUGGGGAUUUACAGUAUUGGGUUGAUGAAAACUAUAUGCACGGCUGCUUUGCACAUACAGGAGAGGUUGUCUCUAUAAAAAUUAUCCGUAACAAGCUGACUGGCCAGCCGGAAGGUUAUGGUUUCGUUGAGUUUGUAUCUCAUGCCGCAGCAGAGAGAAUUCUGCAGACAUACAAUGGCACACAGAUGCCCAAUACUGAACAAGUAUUUAGGAUGAAUUGGGCAUCUUUUGGCAUUGGGGAAAGACGUCCAGAAGUUGGGCCGGAACACUCUAUUUUUGUGGGGGAUUUGGCCCCUGAUGUUACAGAUUAUAUGUUGCAAGAAACCUUUCGGACUCACUAUACCUCAGUGAGAGGUGCAAAGGUUGUCACAGAUCCCAGCACAGGUCGUUCAAAAGGUUAUGGGUUUGUUAAGUUUUCUGAUGAGAGUGAGAGGAACCGUGCCAUGACUGAAAUGAAUGGCAUGUAUUGUUCUAUUAGACCAAUGCGCAUAAGUGCGGCUACUCCAAAGAAGCCUGUAGGAUUUCAGCAACCGUAUUCAGCAAAAGCUUCCUAUCAAACACCUACAUACAAUGCUCCACCUGCUCAUGGAUUUCAGUCAGAAAAUGAUUCAAAUAAUACAACUAUAUUUGUUGGUGGAUUGGAUCCAAAUGUUUCAGAUGAGGAGCUGAGGCAAAUUUUUGGGCAGUUUGGGGAGCUUGUCUAUGUCAAAAUACCCCAGGGAAAGGGAUGUGGAUUCGUGCAGUUUGGCAACAGAGCAUCUGCUGAGGAAGCUUUGCAAAGGAUGCAUGGUACUAUCAUUGGUCAGCAAACUGUUCGUCUUUCCUGGGGCCGAACUCCUGCAUACAAGCAGGACCAGCCUUCCUGGGGUCAGCCUAACACCGAUCCAAAUCAGUGGUAUGGAGCUUACUAUGGGUACGGGCAGGGGUAUGAUGCUUAUGGUGGGUAUGCUCAAUAUCAAGAUCCUUCUACGUAUGCUUAUGGUGCCUACCCUGGCUAUGGGAAUAAUCAGCAGGUGACUGAAGGCCAAGAAGUAGCAACAGCUGGCAUGACCAGUGCCAUCCAGUCAGUGGAGCAUAAAGAAGAGGAAGUGUUUGAUCCUUUGGCACCAGCUGAUGUUGAAAAAUUGAAUGCAGCUUAUAUUGCUGUUCAUGAACCAUCCUUGGUAGGUCGCCACUUAUGGUUAAAAACCUCUGAACUCUUGCAGUCAGCUUAGAGCGUUGAUGAGUUCUGUAGAUUAGGCUGUUAAGAGUGGAAGGAAAAAAAUGGUGUCUUUUCUACUCACCAUAUCUAAAGAAUUUUUACAUCUGGUUUUAUAUUUGAGGCGUACAAUUCAUGGUCUUGUUUGACUAAUAAUUAGUGUUGAUGCUGAUGCGGGGCAUCAUAAUUUGUAUCAACACCUCUGAACUCUUGUAGUCAGCUUAGAGUGCUGAUGAAUUCCAUAGAUUAUUAGGCUGUUAAGAGUGGAAGGAAAAAGAUGGUGGCUUUUCUAGCUCACCAUUUCUAAAGAAUUUUUACAUCUGGUUUCAUAUUUGAGGUGUACAAUUAUGGUCUUGAUUUUUUGACUAAUGAUUAGUGUUGAUGCUGAUGCUGGGCAUCAUAAUUUGUAUCAUAAAUUCACGCCACUGAGAUGUGCUCUUUUACAACCCAGUAUUUAUAGAAUAUUCACGACUUUGUAAGUACAACAUGAAUCUUUGAAAUCUUUGAUAAGUCCAAAUUAUAUUUUAUUUGA